CCUGGGGGCUGAGAUGCGCGCACUGCGCAUGCCCAGCUAGCCCGCUUCUAGAACUUUCAGUGGGGAGGCUAUAGGCACCGCUCGCGCCGCUGGUGCCGCUUCUGGGUUCUCCUGCUGUUCGUGCUGAUUCGGCCAGAGGAACACAUUGGGAGAAAGAAGAGAAAAAUGAAGACCGGACAUUUUGAUAUGGUCACCAUGCUGCUGGCAGCUAUGAUUCUAAUGGACAUUUUCCAGGUGAAGGCUGAAAUGUUAGACAUGGCAGAUAAUGCAUUUGAUGAUGAAUACCUAAAAUGCACUGACAAAAUGGAAGUCAAAUAUGUUCCCCAAUUGCUCAAGGAGGAAAAAGCAAGCCAUCAGCUCUUGAAGGAUGUGUGGGAAAAUGCAGAAGCCAGAUGGGAAGCCCGGAAGACUCGCAUCUUUCUCCCUAUGAGUUUUAAAGAUAACCAUGGAAUAGCACUGAUGGCAUAUGUUUCUGAAGCUCAAGAGCAGAGUCCCUUUUACCAUAUGUUCAAUGAAGCUGUGAAGACGGCCGGCCUAUCUCGAAAAGAUUAUAUCUAUGACUUCCAGUUCAAAGCUUUUCAUUUUUACCUGACAAAAGCCCUGCAGUUGCUGAGAAGACCUUGUGAGGACAGUUACAAAACUGUGGUGUAUAGUAUAAGCCAGGAUGUCUCAUUUACAUUUGGAGGGCUAAACCAAGCCAGAUUUGGCCAUUUCACCUUGGCGUAUUCAGCCAAACCUCAAGCUGCUAAUGACCAACACAUUCUGUUAACCAUCCACACAUGCUUUGGAGUUGCUAUAGAAAAUUUUUUUGAUAAAGAAAGUGAAAGAAUUAUUUUAAUACCUCUGAAUGAGAUUUUUAAUGUGUCACAGGAUGGAGCCAGCAAUAACCUUAUCCUUCAAAGCACAAACAAGACCUGCAGCCAUUAUGAGUGUGCAUUUCUAGGUGGACUAAAAACUGAAAAUUGUGUUGAGAACAUGGAACAUCAUCUACCCAUCUAUAUCUACAGCCCUGUUUCUUCUUAUAACUUAGGUGAGAAAGACCAGAACCUUGAAGACCCUGAAAUGAAAAGCCAGGAGUCCACUGUCUUAUUUGGUAUGACAAGCCAUGAACCCACCCAAAUACCUGGAAUGAAAAUUCCAGAAAUGUUUUCACUACCAGGAAUAAAAGUGGUACAACUGGAUGAAAAACCUGAAGACAAAAGUCAAGAAGAUACCGGCAAUCCUGCUCCAGGUCCAGUUCCAGUUCCAGUUCCAGGUCCCAAAACCCAUCCCUCUGCAUCCUCUGGCAAAAUGCUCCUUCCACCGUUGGGGACGUUCAUCAUUUUAAUCAGUGCUUCUGCUGUAAAUCUCUUUGUUGCUUUGUAGUCUAAUAUAGUCUUUAUUUACUUAAAAUAUACUCAAGGAAUCCCACAAGAAACCAUCAACAGGAAUGAUGUAUUUUUCACUUGUUGGUCAGAGUCACUUGAUAAAAUGAGAACCGAGUAUUUUUUAUUUACUUUGUAAAUUCAGAGUUGGUCCAGGUAUGUCAUAGAAUUCAUUUUUCAUUUAUUUCUAUAUUUAUGAUUGCAAAAAAACCCUGUAUAUUUCUGAUUGAAUUCAAUAAAAGACUUUAAGAUUGUUGGAUAUAA